AUGCCGAUUGCAGCUGCCCGUAAAUUGAUUCAACAAACCAGCAGCCCAACAACAUUCGCCAAUGUAGUCAAGGUCGACAAAAACCAACCGAGUUCAGUAGACAAUAGACAAGCGCCACCACUAACCGAAACCAAACAGAAGGAUGAAAAAACACAGCAGCAGCAGCCAACACAACAGAAGCGUACUAAUCAACCAACUAUUCACCUCAAACCAGCCUCUCCUCCACGGAAACGGAUUACUCCUCAACCCUCACCGGCACAAUCAUCGGAUGAGGCAGAUGACCGCGGAAACGCAAAAGGAUCCCCCAGUACCCUACCAAGGGAACAGUUAAUUUUAAAAUCCCCCAUUCCUUCCCAACGCUCUCUUCCCUCUCCUUACCCCUUCCAACCUCCCCCUAGUCUUAAGAAAACCCCUGACCCUCGGCCCACUAAAACUCAUACCAAAAAGUAA